UUUUUUUAAAUACGGUUGUUGGGUUCAUUUUUUUUUUUUAAUCGUUUAAAGGCUCCGUGAACUUGUCGCCGUUGUUUUCUUCUUCCUUGUUGAUUUCGUCAAGCUUCCAUUUUUCUCUCUGGAAUUCCUCUCUCGCCCUCUCUCUCCCUCUCUUCUCUGGAUCGGAGCUGCGUCGAUGGCUUCCAAGCGAAUCCUGAAGGAGCUCAAAGCUCAGAAAGACCCUCCUACGUCCUGCAGUGCCGGCCCUGUGGGAGAGGACAUGUUCCACUGGCAAGCAACAAUAAUGGGUCCUACGGAUAGUCCGUAUGCCGGGGGAGUAUUUCUAGUAACUAUCCAUUUCCCUCCAGAUUACCCAUUUAAACCCCCUAAGGUAGCGUUUAGGACCAAGGUCUUCCACCCAAAUAUCAACAGUAAUGGCAGCAUUUGUCUUGACAUUCUAAAGGAGCAAUGGAGUCCUGCCUUAACCAUUUCCAAGGUCUUGCUUUCAAUCUGUUCGCUUUUGACGGACCCGAACCCAGACGAUCCCCUGGUGCCAGAAAUCGCUCAUAUGUACAAGACCGACCGGGCCAAGUACGAGGCAACUGCGAGGAGCUGGACCCAGAAGUAUGCCAUGGGCUAGGGGCUACUUGCUGCAACCUAUUACCAAGGAACUGUCCGUUGUUGUCUUUCGCUGUAUGAGUUGAAGGUGAGGCCUGCAAUUUAUUAUGACUGGCAAGCAAUAUAUGUGUGUCUAGUUUGGUCUGUCGUGCAAAUGAGGACACUGGAUAUUUCCCGGCCUGUCUGAACCACCAAAAACUGUAGUUGAAUGUUGUAAAGUCGAUGCUGUUUUCUUCGGUUGUGUAGAGGGGAUUUACAUUGAACAUGUGAUUGGCUAGUCCUGCAGAUCUGUUCGCUCUGCAUAAACCCGAUAACUCGCUAUAAACUCGAGGGCCCUCGGAUUUGACAUAUCUGUUGAUCCAGGUUCUGAAAAUAGAUGAUGUUCUUGUCA